GCGCCGUAUCCUCCUCUAUCGUUCUGUUCUGUACUUGUAGCAGUAAGCUGACCUCUGUCUUCCUCCCUAUCUCUCCGCUCACAUUUCUAGUGCAAUAGCCGUUCGACACAGAUUUUUCUCUCCUUCUUUCACGGCCUCUUCUGCUUACAUUGCAAAUAUAUGUGCUAGAUUUCUUCCUGUCCAUGGCAUUUUCCUGAAUGGAAAUGGCGGCAACUUCUAGGGCUGUAGGCACGCUGUUCAAGCCUGAAGCAAGGAGAGCCGAUACCUUGCCUCUUUCUGGACUAUCAGAAUUUCGGGGGACGAAGCGGAGGUUUAUUGGCAGAGAUCUGUGGGGCGUCAGGUGCUGCUGUCCAGACUCUGUGGUGCCAAUUAGGCGAAAUUCCGGGCCUGGUAAGAGCACGGACAAGGGUGAGGAGUCGCGGAUCGAUCCGAGGAAGAUUAACCGACUUCGUCUUCAUGGUUCACCUGCAAUGACCUUUGUUUCUCCUCAAUCUUGUUUUGUUUCAAAACCUGAAAAGUUCUUCCCCCGUUGCACACCCAGAAACUCUGGCCCUCAAUCUCGUGAUAGUCCACCAAAGCGAGAUACAGGUAUUGCAAACGAGAAGGAUUGGGGAAUCGAUUUGUUAAACGAAAAUAUUAAAGAAUCUGGCAUUAAUGAGGAUAGUAGUACUUGGUUUCGAGAAAGUGGAGAAGACCUAGGAGAAAAUGGUUACAGAUGCAGAUGGGCAAGGAUGGGUGGUAGAAACCAUGAUGGCACCUCUGAAUGGAAAGAAACGUGGUGGGAGAAAAGUGAUUGGAGUGGAUACAAGGAGCUAGGUGUAGAGAAAUCCGGAAAAAAUGUUGAGGGGGAUUCAUGGUGGGAAACCUGGCGUGAAGUUCUUCACCAAGAUGAGUGGAGUAAUCUUGCUAGGAUAGAGAGGAGUGCCCAAAAACAAGCAAAGUCAGGCACAGAAAAUGCUGGAUGGUAUGAAAAUUGGUGGGAAAAGUAUGAUGCUAAGGGUUGGACGGAGAAAGGUGCUCAUAAGUAUGGCAGAUUAAAUGAACAAUCAUGGUGGGAGAAGUGGGGAGAGCAUUAUGAUGGAAGAGGAUCUGUUCUGAAAUGGACAGAUAAGUGGGCAGAGACAGCACUGGGAACAAAAUGGGGUGAUAAAUGGGAAGAAAAAUUCUUUGCAGGCAUUGGGUCACGGCAGGGAGAAACCUGGCAUGUAUCGCCUAGUGGUGACCGGUGGUCGAGAACAUGGGGAGAAGAGCACUUUGGAAAUGGAAAAGUACACAAAUAUGGCAAGAGUACGACAGGUGAAAGCUGGGACAUUGUUGUAGAUGAAGAAACUUAUUAUGAGGCGGAGCCACAUUACGGUUGGGCAGAUGUGGUAGGUGAUUCAAACCAAUUAUUGUCAAUCCAGCCUCAAGAAAGGCCACCUGGUGUGUAUCCAAGUAUGGAUUUCAGAUCAACAUCACUGCAUCCCUCUUCACCACAGUCCAAUGAUGAACUGCCUCCCUUGUCAUCAUAGUUACUAGCCAAAAUCACGACUAUGGUUAGGCUCUCCGCAAUGGAAUAUCAUCUUUCUUUGCAAUUAGUUUGUGCUUCAGUGUAACAGAAUCUGCUAUUCAUUAAUUUCAUUCUUUUGAGAUUUUGGUUUUUGUUAAAUUCUUGGAAUAUUGUCAGACAUGGGUGGACAUCCUUGAUUCCGUUGAAGGGCACACCAGGUACCUCUGUAUUUUUCAGAGCUGUAUUCAUUUUUUUCAAUGUGUGGGUUCUAAUUUUGAAGACAAUGUAGCCUCAGAUGCCAACAAUAAUAAAUAUGUUAUGAUUGA